AUGAACGGGGAUCUCAGUCUCUCCCAGUCUCUGGGAGGGCUUCGCAUAGCGAAUCCAGACGAUUCUCCUCUCCAAUCGGAGGACGCGACCGCCGGUUCGAUGGUAGCCAGUCCAUCCGACAUGGGCGAUUCGGUAUCAACACAUCCACAGUUUUCCGAAUCUGUACCGCACGACGAGCAAUCCGCAUCAUUUCCUCCAGCCCCGACCGACUACCCAUCUUCAUACGAGACCCGAUCCUCUCUGACCUAUCCUGUACCUGACCUUCCUCAGGCCCAAGUCGUACUUUCCCGUGACAAUGAAUAUCGUAUGCGGACCGACUCAGGUGCCUCAUCGACUUCCACCCAGCAGUCCCGGAAAGACGUCCGAGGCGCGUCGGGCGUUGCGGCCAUGCAGGCCCAGGCAGGUGUCCCUGUUCGUGAUAACUCCCACAGCGACCGGUCCUACAGAACUGCUCAGAUCCCCAAUGGGCCGGCAGUGAUGCGUCAGACAUCAAGAGCACAUGCCCGAGGUAGCACACAGCAACCCGCGAUGGCCCGAUCCCCCUAUGGCUUAGAAAACGGACCCCCGCCCAGCAGCGAAGACUGGCAGGAUCGCGGCGCAGCUGUUUCCGUGAGGCAGGAAGUGGAUGCGAAUGGCCACACAGUAUCACGUUUUGUUAAGAAAGGAGUGCGCGAUUUUUCGUUCGGCAAUACCCUCGGAGAAGGCUCGUACAGUACCGUGGUCUUCGCAACGGAUAGACAGACGUUAAAGGAAUAUGCGAUCAAGAUCCUCGACAAACGGCACAUCAUCAAAGAGAAGAAGGUGAAAUACGUUAAUAUCGAGAAGGAUACGCUGAAUCGCCUCACCGACCACCCGGGAAUUGUCCGUCUAUACUAUACUUUCCAGGAUGAACGUUCGCUGUACUUCGUGUUGGAUCUUUGCAAAGGAGGCGAGCUUCUUGGUGUACUGAAGCGGAUGUCGACGUUUGAUGAAGAGUGCACCAGGUUCUACGGCGCCCAAAUCCUUGACACGAUAGAUUACAUGCACAAGCGUGGGGUGAUCCAUCGAGACCUGAAGCCGGAAAAUGUAUUACUCGAUCACCAAAUGCAUGUCAAAAUCACCGACUUUGGCACAGCAAAGAUUUUGAAAGCGCCACGGCGACCGGACGAGAGCACGAGUUCCAUUCCAAACAUGGAUUCCUCAGAAGUGCCCGAGGAAGAGCGAGCAAGCUCUUUCGUCGGUACAGCCGAGUACGUCAGUCCAGAACUUUUGACGGACAAGAAUGCUUGCAAAGCCAGCGAUUUGUGGGCGUUUGGUUGUAUCAUAUAUCAGUUGCUGGCUGGUCGCCCGCCUUUCAAGGCUGGAAACGAAAGAUCGUUGGCCUGGAUUACGAUUUUCCUGAUUGGGUUCCCGGCCGUUGCUCGGGACCUUGUCGAACGUCUGCUGGUUCUUGACCCUGCUCAGCGACUGCAGAUAGAGCAUAUCAAGAAUCAUGAAUUCUUUGAUGGUAUCUCAUGGGGUACCGACAUGUGGAAGCAGAAGGCCCCCCGCUUGAAGGCCUAUGUUCCGCCCCCACGAGAGCCGAUCAAGCUCAAUGGUGACAAUAGCGACAACUUCCCUCCUGCAAUCUCCACUGCUCCAUCCAACGCGCCGAACGCCGCUAGCACGAGGAACCUGCCUAGAGUAGUGACUGAGUUACCUCCGCCAAGUCAGUUGGAUAUUGAAUGGUCGCCAGUCCUCAGCAGAUCCAAUGAGCGAAUCCUCAAACUCGGGAAUAUGGUCGUCAUAUCCUCCGCGGCAAGUCAUAGCCCGACCGGGAAGAAUAGCAGUGGCGAGCUGGACACCACGUCCAAGAAAUUCUCGCGCUUCUUCUCAAGUUCGACAACAAAGAAACGAAACCGCCUAGUAAUGGUCACAUCGUCAGGACGAGUUAUUCUAGCGGCGCCGGGCGGGGAUGAAAAGAAAGCGAAAGCGGAGAUAUCUCUUCUUGCUACAGGAACGACCUUCAGAAGCACCACUGAUGUCAAAGGUCACUCAUCCUGGAUAGUGGAUACGCGAGAUAAGCACUUUGUAUUUGAAGAUCCCAAAUUAUCUCCUGGGGCGUCAGCCGUUACAGUACAGGAGUGGCUUGAUGCAUUGGAUCGAGCCAAGGAAAUUGCUUUGACCCAACCCAGUGCUGGGCCAUACUCCGCUGAUGAUGCAUUCCGCGACAUCCCAUCGGAGUUCUCCAGCCAUACCAACACGCUCGAUCGCACAGCCGAUCUACAGGGUGAAAACACAUCUCAUCCGCCGACUCGGAAUACAUUGGUUAAGCACCAGCAGCACGAUUCAGAAUCGGUCAAGGGGAAGAAGAGGUUCAGCAGACGCCAUUCCAAAAAUGGCCUUGCUGCUGCAUUCUAG